GUUGUCGUUACCAGAGACAAGAAAUAAGCGUAGGGACCUACUUGACGUGUUACGUUGUGUUAGCAUAAACACUGCUAGCACAGCCAGCCGCGAUUGUGUGUGUGUGUGUGUGUAAUGUAGCGUGCAGUCCAGAUCGAGCGACCCAUCAGUAAAUUUAAAAUUCAUCAAAAACAAAGUGUCACCGUCGAGCGGACAGCUUUUUAAGUCAGAUUACCUGAAGGAGACGUUUCAUCUGGUACAGUGACACUGUAGCACCGCUGGCAGCCCUGUGACCCAAGAAAAUAAUGUGCUGCAGCUGAAGAUGGGUGGUAGUGGCUCCAAAUCCAAAGGAUUUUGGCCUUUUUCUGGCUCAGGUAGUGUGGACGAUCCAACCAAAGAUGGAAACGAGCAGUCAAUUGCAAGAGUUCGGAGUUUCACUGGUGCAACCCCUUUUGUGUUUACCAGACGAAGCUCUCUGUUCUUUGAUGAAGACGGUGACUUGGCCCACGAGUUUUAUGAAGAGACAAUUGUGACAAAAAAUGGACGUAAAAAGGCCAAGCUGAAAAGGGUUCUCAAGAAUCUAACACCUCAGGGAAUUAUAAAGUUGGACCACCCGUGCAUCCAUGUAGAUUUCCCAGUUGUCCUCUGUGAAGCCUGACACUGUCUGUGGAUUGUCUCAGAUUAGCCACUGUGUCAACUCUGUCCCGUGGUUCCCCUUCCACUGGAAGCCCGAACCACCUUUUAAAAUAACAUGAUCUCUUGAUAUAUUUGAUGCUCUUAUGUGGACAAGCAGAUGCAAUGUUGCUGAGCCUCUCUGCAUGUGAUCUUUUGGCUUGUGUGCAGACACAGUAUAGGUCACCAGUGGGAAUAUAGAACCCUUCCAAGUGGGCAAAACCUCCUCAGUUUACAGAUUGUGGUUUGUGUGCAUGUAUGUUUUGAUAUGUGUGCAGGCACAGGAUGAAAUGUAACACUCAUGACUUUGUUGCUGCCGAUUGUUUUCUGGUAAAAUUCCCCGAACUCUUGGGUGUUCAAGGAGAAUGAAGCCAGUUGUGCCAGUUUUCUCCCUCACAGUCGUAUUAAUCCAUCAAGCAACAAAGUUUAGAUGCACACUUGAGUUUUUUGACACCAUCUUGACUUGCUUUAUGAUGCAUGGAACAGGAUCUGCUUAUCGGUAACAACCAGGGGAGAUGAAAAUCAGCGGCCCACAAAAUCUGAAGUGGAUUAACAUCAUGUUAUAACGUUGGAUGGACUGGCUUCAGUGACCUCACAUGUACACAGAGUUUAAUAAGAGAUCCUGUUGUUUUCUUUGCUGCUUUGGCAUAUUGUGUCUCACAUUUAAUUUAUUAUAUAACUGUUUGUUUUUUUUAAUUACAAUAUGAAAUCCUGAA